CGACGUGUCAGAGCGGCAGUACGUCAUUUCCCACAAUGCAUCAGGACAGGAAUAAACAGAGAGCCAAGAUGGCGGCUGACAGUGAUCCCGAGUCUGAAGUGUUUGAGAUCACGGAUUUCACCACCGCGUCCGAGUGGGAGAGAUUCAUCACCAGAGUGGAGGAGGUGCUCAAUGAUUGGAAGCUGAUUGGCUGCCGUGUUGGUAAACCACUGGAGAAGGGCGAGUACACCAGCGGCACCUGGGAGGAGAACAGCCAGGAGAUCAGCUUUGCAGAUUUCAAGUUCUCCAUCACACAUCACUAUCUGAAGCAGGAGUCUGCGGAGAAUGACGGCCGCGACGAGCUGGAGGAAGAUGCGUAUCCGCUGGCCAUGCAGGACCUGCUGUGCAUCAACAAUGACUUUCCUCCGCGCGCACACUGCCUGGUCAGAUGGUUCGGUGUGCGUGAGUUUGUGGUGAUUUCUCCCGGAGCAAACUGUGAAGCCAUCAUCAGUGAGUCCAAGUGCAGCCUUCUGCUGAGCUCUGUGUCCAUCGCUCUGGCCAACACCGGCUGCCAGGUGCCACUGUUUGUGCAGAUCCAGCAGAAGCACAGGAAGAUGUACAGUGGCGAGUGUCAGGGGCCCGGGGUCCGCUCAGACUUCGAGAUGGUGCACCUGCGCAGAGUCCCCAGCCAAUACAACCACCUGUCCGGCCUGCUGGACAUCUUCAAGAACAAGAUCGGCUGUCCGCUCACUCCACUGCCCCCCAUCAACAUCUCCAUCCGCUUCACGUAUGUUCUGCAGGACUGGCAGCAGUGCUCAUGGCCUCAGCAGCCUCCAGACUUUGAUGCUCUUCUCGCCGGAGAGGUGGGCGGUGUGGAGUUUGGCAAACUUCCUUUCGGAGCGUGUGAAGAUCCCAUCAGCGAGCUUCACCUGGCGGCGACGUGGCCGAACCUGACCGAGGGCAUUGUUGUGGAUAACGAUGUUUACUCUGAUCUGGAUCCUCUUCAGGCUCCGCACUGGUCUGUCCGGGUGCGUACAGCAGAGAACCCGCAGUGUCUGCUGGGAGAAUUUCUCACCGAGUUCUUCAAGAUCUGCUGUCGGAAGGAAACUACAGAGGAGAUUCUGGGUAGGAGCACAGCUGAGGAGGAGGGCAAAGAGAACAGUGACAUCACGCAGGCACUGUCGAAACUAACAGAGCCGAGUUCUGCUGUGCCGAUACACAAGCUCUCCGUCUCCAGUAUGGUCCAUAGCGCCCGCAAGCGCAUCCGCCGGCACCGCCGUGUCCAGGAGUCGCCGCUCAACAACGACGUGCUCAACUCCAUCCUGCUGUAUCUGUUCCCUGAUGCAGCUCUGGAUAAAGCAGACGUGAGUGAGGUCAGACCGCCGCAGCACAGCCCAGACAGACAAUCAGAGGAUUACCAUCUCUACAAUCAGCUGAAGUCGGCUCCGUCGGACAGCCUGACGCACCGGCUGGCACUCUGCAUCUGCAUGGUGAACUUCCAUCACGGAGGAGUGCGCGCUGUCGCCCACCUGUGGCAGGAGUUUGUGCUGGAGAUGAGAUACCGCUGGGAGAACAACUGCCUCAUCUACGGACUGGCGAGCGGACCUCCUGAUCUCAGAUGUUGUCUACUUCAUCAAAAACUACAGAUGCUGAACUGCUGCAUUGAGCGCAAGAGAGCAAGGGAUGAUGGGAAGAAGAGCGGCGCGUCAGACGGGACCCGAGACAGGAGCCGUGUGGUGCCGGAGGGGGCUGGGCCUGCUGAGGCCCCUGGGAAAUCCUGGGACUCCUGGAGCGACAGUGAGGACGAGUUCUUCGAGUGUGUGAGCGACACGGAGGAGAUGAAGGAGGACAAGGAGGAGGCGGAGAACAGGAGCAGGAGUAAACCUGAGGGACGCCUGCAGCCGCACGGCACACACACACUGCUGAACACACAGGAGCCGCUCUACAUACCUGUCACACAGGAGCCGGCGCCCAUGACGGAGGACCUGCUGGAGGAGCAGUCGGAGGUUCUGGCUAAACUGGGCACAUCAGCUGAAGGAGCUCACCUGCGCGCACGCAUGCAGAGCGCCUGCCUGCUGUCUGACAUGGAGUCCUUCAAGGCCGCGAACCCCGGCUGUACAUUGCUGGACUUCGUGCGCUGGUACUCCCCCAGAGAUUAUGUGGAGGAGCAGGUGACGGAUGCGGCGGGACAGGUGGAGGUUCGAGGAGAGCUCAGUGCUCGCAUGAAGAUCCCCGGGAACAUGUGGGUGGAGGCGUGGGAGACGGCCCGCGCUACACCCGCUCGCAGACAGAAGAGGCUGUUCGACGACACCAAAGAGGCUGAGAAGGUGCUGCACUAUCUGGCUCUGCAGAAGCCGUCUGAGCUGACCCGGCACCUGCUGCCCUGUGUUCUGCACGCCGCUCUACUCAAAAUCAAGGAGGAAGAGUCGGCUGAAGAUCUCCCGUCGGUGCGUAACACUCUCCAGCAGAUCAGCAGCAGCGCCAGCAAAAUACUGAGACACCCCAACCCUGAGUUCAAGAAGCUGGAGGAUGUGAUCAGUCAGCUGACGGCGGUGGAGGCUGUGAUCGCGCGCGCCCGCUCACUUAAGGCCAAGUUCGGUGUGUGUGGAGGAGAGAGAGAGCGAGAUGAGGACGGAGACGAGCUGGAGAGGUUUGUGAGCAGUCUGCUGGAGGAGCCUGAGGUGUGUGUGAGCGGUGCUGGUCGAGGUCCUGCUGGAAACAUCAUACACAAGCUGUUCGUCAGCUCUCAGCGGGCUGCUCUGUUGGCUCCGAUGGAGGAGGAAACGCCCCGUUCUGGAGGCUCUGAUGACAGAAAAGCCUUUCCAGAUUUUCCGCCCCCUGCUGGCCGGGAGAUUCUCCUGCGCACAUGUGUUCCCCGGCCUGCACCGUACUCUAAAGCCCUGCCGCAGAGACUCUUCUGUGUGCUGAUGCGGGAAGAGUUCAGGCUGGCCGGAGCCUUCUCCUCUGACACCUCUUUCUUCUGAUUCUGGAUCAGCCCAAGGCAAACGCACCACAACAUGCUAAACGCUUCUAUGUCUGUUGGGUUUUCACACAUGCUAAUAAUAACAGUUCCCCAACUGUGUGCUUAAUGAGAGCAGCUUUAGAUCCUCGCCUUAGGAAACAUCUGCAGAACACGGACACUGUCUGAAAAGUCACGGGUUUGGGUUUCAGAUCAUACGCUUUCAGAACAUGCCAACUCUGAUGCUCGUGUGUGUAUAUGUGUGUGUGUGUGUGUGUGUGUGUGUGUGUGUGUACAGGAUGUCUAAAUGUCAAAGCAGUGUGAUCUCCACCGUAAGCAUAUCCAGAUUUUGUCGCAGUGAUGAUAAUAAAGAGUCUGAAUAUGA